UGGUUAAAGCCCAUGUUAAGAAGCCUGGCUCGAGGCAGCUCAAAUCCAUUUCAGCUCCACUCCCUUUGAGAAUUGCAGCAGCUGAAGAAGAAUGCCGUUCCGAGGAGUUUGCCUUCUUGUAUGCCUUUUUUGUAUGGCACACAUGACAAUUCAACAAGGCACAAGAACCAAGAAAAAGCCAGAGCCCAGGAGAGACGUUGUAAGCCUCAAAAUGAUUGAAGAUCUGAAGGAGCAGCUAGACAAUAUCUCCCAGGAGGUGGUUCUGCUAAAGGAAAAGCAAGCACUUCAAACAGUUUGUCUGAAAGGCACCAAGAUCAAUCUCAAAUGUUUCCUGGCUUUUCCCAAUGCCAAGACCUAUCACGAUGCCAGUGAAGACUGCAUCUCCCAGGGUGGCACACUCAGUACCCCGCAGACUGGAGAUGAAAAUGACGCUCUCUAUGACUACGUGAGGAAAAGCCUUGGGACCGAGACGGAAAUUUGGCUCGGCAUUAAUGACCUGGCAGCUGAAGGAAACUGGGUGGACAUGACAAGCAGUAGCAUUGGCUAUAAGAACUGGGAAACGGAGAUCACCACCCAGCCGGAUGGCGGGAAGCUAGAAAACUGUGCAGCGCUGUCUGGGGUUGCUGUCGGCAAAUGGUUUGACAAGAGGUGCAGAGACCAGCUGCCUUAUGUGUGCCAGUUCAUGAUCGUUUAAGAGUGGGAGAAUAAGGCAAAGGCAUUCCAUUUGGCACCUGGAAUGGAGCUGUGUGUGUGUGUGUAAAUAUACACACACAUCGGCAAGGAACACACACAUAUAUACUCUUGGCACAUCAAUUCAUGGCUUGGUAAAGGAUUAGAAUGAAAUCUAAGCUGCACUUUAAUUGGCUGAAAGCUGCAUUAUUCUUACUAAGGCAUGAGUUAUAGAUAUAGAUAUAUUUUUACACCAGAAACUUAUUAGGAAGGCUUCAUUGUCUGAGCAACAUUCUAACUUUGCAA